AUGGUAGCUGAAGUUGCGGCGUAUUCGGCGAUAGGCAUAUCGGUUAUCAGUUUUGCCUUGUGCCUUUACACACUGCCGAAUAUCGUAUCCAAGAUAAACGAAAUUAACGCGGAUGUUGCUCAAGAAAUCGAUGAAUUCCGUGCGAUGGAGAAGCACAUUUGGGGAGAAUAUCGUAAAGGAAUGCUGUCAACUACAUUCGGACGCAUGCGUGUUGCUCGUCAAGCGAACGCUCAAUGUCAGUGCGAUGUGAAUAAUCGCUGUCCACCAGGGCCUCCAGGACCACCUGGAGCACCUGGUAUUGAUGGAACUCCUGGUCUACCUGGACCACCUGGAGCUCCUGGCCUACCUGGUAAUUUCCCACCAAUAAACUACAACUGGGACGGGCACUGCCGUAUUUGCCCUAACGGCCCACAAGGACCUCCAGGCCCGAUGGGUCCUCCUGGAGCACUUGGCGAACAAGGACCGAUGGGAUCACCCGGACCAGAUGGACAGCCCGGACGACCCGGACCAAUGGGUCCACCAGGUCAACCUGGUGAGAACGGCGCGCCUGGAAAACCCGGUAUGCAGGGUCCACCAGGUGCUUCCGGUGGUCCUGGUGGCAAAGGAGAACGUGGACCGCCCGGUCCACCGGGACCACCCGGACCACCUGGGCCACCUGGACAACCAGGAACACCUGGAAAUAAUGGAAUGCAAGGCCCACCAGGACCUCAAGGACCACCCGGCCAGCAAGGUCCUGAUGGACAACGUGGAGCGCCUGGUGAAGCUGGAACGGUCGGUACACCUGGAGAAGACGCUACCUAUUGUCCUUGCCCAGGUCGAAGAGUUGCUGUUUCGAAGCUUGCAAAACACUAG